GGGAGCGGCCUGUGGUGUCCUGUUGCUAUUAGUGUUAUACAGGUGGAGCAGGUUUUUGUGUACGGUUAUUGUACAGGGACAGCGGCUUGUGGUGUCCAGGUAUUAUUAUUAUACAUUGGGAGUGUUGGUGAUGUCCUACAAUACUGGAGGAAUGGCCUGAGGUGUCCUGCUUUUAAAGACAUCUGUUAUUAUCUUUAUACUGGGGUGCAGCCUUUAGUGUCGUUAUUAUUAUUAAUUUUAUUAUAUGUAAUUUUGGGGAUUGAAAAUAUUGCUCAGUAUGAAGACCUGGGAGUGUCACUGUGACAUCACUUAUAUCUAUAGUAAUAAUACAGGGACAUGACUGGGGAGGUGAGGGGAACUGGGAGUGUCACAGUGAGUUCAUAUAUCUAUAGUAAUGUAACCCCUUUUUUACCUGGGGGUAAAGUGUAUAUGUACAAUGUGCCUCCACCCAAGCUAUUCAGAGCCCAAUACUCUAAUCGCUUAGGAAAUAACCUACCCCUGUAGUGGUCGCCUAUAACAUUAGUAUGUGAUGUAACCAGAUAGGACUAUGCACAUUUACCUAUCGUACCUUUCCUUUGUGAUUUCAGGCUCUUCCACAGAUACGGAGACAGUUCCACCGGAGGGGGAGUAUAUAGAAGAGCACAGGGGUCUGUACAAGGACGUGAUGAUGGAGAAUCACCGCCCCCUCACAUCACUGGAUGGGCACAGUAACAGAGAUACACCAGAGAGAUGUCCCCAUCCUCUGUAUUCCCAGGACUGUACAGAGGAGAAUCACAGGACCCCACAGGAGGAUCAGGUAGAACAUCUUUCUCGUAUAAAGGCAGAAGCUAUAAGGAGAAAAGAAGAGACGGAUGUGAGAGAUAUGAAGGCAGAAGAUACAGAAGGAGAAGAAGAGACGGAUGUGAGAGAUAUGAAGGCAGAAGAUCUAGAGGGAGAAGAAGAGACGUAUGUGACUGAUAUAAAGGCAGAAUAUAUAGAUGGAGAAGAAGAGACAUAUGUGACUGAUAUAAAGGCAGAAGAUAUAGAGGGAGAAGAAGAGACGUAUGUGAUUGAUAUGAAGGUAGAAGAUACAGAGGGAGAAGAAGAGACGUAUGUGACUGAUAUGAAGGCAGAAGAUAUAGAGGGAGAAGAAGAGACGUAUGUGACUGAUAUGAAGGCAGAAUAUACAGAGGGAGAAGAAGAGACAUAUGUGACUGAUAUGAAGGAAGAAGAUACAGAGGGAGAAGAAGACACGUAUGUGAGGGGUGAUCAGCAGUGUAAGGAGGAGGAGAUCCCUACAGAUAUCAGCACAGCAGGUGGACACACAAGCAGGAAUAUCUCAGAAGGACAUCUAACAUUAUCCCUGGAUUCUGAAAUAACCGAUAAUGACAGUAGAAAGGAUUCUCCAGGAGCUAACCCCAUUACCCCAAUUAUACAUCCAGCUCUAUCAGCUGAUUCCUCUGAUCCUGGGAAAUGUUCUCCUGAUCACUCUGAUAUUGGUGCAUCUGUUACAGCUCUGAGAGUAGAUACAGUGUUUCCCUGUUCUAUAGAUGCCAGAUGUUUUGCACAGAACACAAACCUUAUUACUCAUCAGCCAGCUAAAGCAGAUGAGAGGCGAUUCCCAUGUUCUGAGUGUGGUAAAUGUUUUACAUAUAAAUCGGCUCUUGCUACACAUCAGAGAAGUCACACAGGUGAGAGGUCAUUUCGAUGUUCUGUGUGUGGCAAAUGUUUUUCAUCGAAAUCAAUUCUUGUUAGACAUCAGAGCAGUCACACAGGUGAGAAGCCAUAUUCCUGUUCUGAGUGUGGGAAAUGUUUUACACAGAAAACAGCUCUUAUUGGACAUGAGAGAAGUCACACAGGUGAGAAGCCAUAUCCCUGUUCUGAGUGUAGAAAAUGUUUUCCACGGAAAUCACGUCUUGUUGCACAUCAGAGAACUCACACAGGUGAGAAGCCAUUUCCAUGUUCUGAGUGUGGGAAAUGUUUUGCACAGAAAUCAGCUCUUGUUGAACAUGAGAGAAGUCACACAGGUGAGAAGCCAUAUUCCUGUUCUGAGUGUGGGAAAUGUUUUGCAACUAAAUCAUUUCUUGUUAUACACCAGAGAAGUCACACAGGUGAGAAGCCGUAUUCCUGUUCUGAGUGUGGGAAAUGUUUUGCACAGAGAUCACAUUUUGUUAUUCAUCAGCAUGCUCACACAGGUGAAAGGCCAUUUUCCUGUUCUGAGUGUGGGAAAUGUUUCGCACAUAAAUCAGUUCUUGUUAGACAUCAGAGAAGUCACACAGGUGAGAAGCCAUUUUCCUGUUCUGAGUGUUGGAAAUGUUUUGCACGGAAAUCAGCUCUUGUUACACAUCAGAGAAGUCACACAGGUGAGAAGCCAUAUUCCUGUUCUGAGUGUAGGAAAUGUUUUGCACAGAUAUCAUCUCUUGUUAUACAUCAGAGGAGUCACACAGGUGAGAAGCCAUAUUCCUGUUCUGAGUGUGGGAAAUGUUUUGCACGGAAAUCAGAUCUUGCUCCACAUCAGAGAAGUCACACAGGUGAGAAGCCGUAUUCCUGUUUUGGGUGUGGGAAAUGUUUUGCAUAUAAAUCAAAUCUUGUUACACAUCAGAAGAGUCACACAGGUGAGAGGCCAUUUUCAUGCUGUGAGAGAAAUAAAUCCGCUCUUGUUGAACACAUUAGACAUUACCCAAGUACGGAACCAUUGACAUCUUCUGGAGUAUAAUUAUCACUGUCGUCCAAUGUUCCUCAAGGGUGAAUCCUAUCUCCUAUGCUUUAUAAAAUAUACAUGCUACCACUGGGUGAUAUAAUCAGACAUCAUGGCCUGGUCUACCACUGCUAUGCUGAUUACCUGCUUUUUGCUCCAUGUACUGAGAACCUAAUACCAAUCCUAAAUGGUCUAGCUGAGCGCCAGGGGUGGAUGAUACCAGUUGGCUGUGACUCACUCUUUGUGAAACAUAAUAGAAGCUCCCCAACAAAGGACAAGACUACAGCUUUACCAACCAUCUGGAUUUAUGGUUUGGUGUUCAGAAUUGAAAAUACUGAACAUGUGCUGAAUCUUUGUGUUGUCCUGGUAUGUGGCUGACACAGACAUCAGGUAUCUGCCACAUACAAAUCCUCAUUCUUCAGUCUGUGGACCAUAGCCAGAAUCAAGCACUUCAUUCCCUCAGAAGUUCAUAGACUACUGCAAUGCCAUCUACCUGGGUCACCCAGCAAAAGAAUUACAGAGCUUGCAGCUAGUACAGAAUGCAGCAGCCAAGCUGUUACCUGACCAGCCCGUUCCUGCCUCAUAACACCCAUUCUCCUCUCCCUUCACCGGCUGCCUGUAAGAUGACAAAUCUAUUUCAUAAUUGGCUAACUGACUUUCCCAGCCCAACAUUACAUGGUCCAAGGAACUAGAAGCAGCUUCUGCCUCCUUACUGCCCUGCUGGCUUCUACAGAUGAAGGACUGUUACCAGCAGUACCAAGAAUCUCCUGUCAUUCAUUUAUGGGUUGAACGUUUAGCUUUGCAGCCCUGACCAUGGAACUCACUGCCUUGCACAGUCCAAGAGGCCUCCACUCUAGAGACCUUCACAAGCAGACUGGUGACUGUUACUCACGCUUUUCAUUAAUGUACCUCUAUUUACUUCCUAAAUAAUACAUCCCAAAUGCUUAGGUCUUUUUUCUGCUGUUUAUUUUGUAUCUUGUGCUUUGUGUAAAUGUGAAUGUCUAAUACCAGUUUGCACAAUCUGUAUUGCUGCACGACAAUAUGGCGGCCAUUGGAACUUGUUUUCAUUUCUUCUAGUUUGCCUAACUUGUUGCAGUCACUCAUCUUGAUAAGGAGUGUCGAGUGUUUUCAGAUACAAGAUCCUAUCCAUAUAUACCCUGUACAUUAUCAUGUGCAUUAGAGUCACCUGAGUUCCAUCUGCAGUGGUUUGUUGUAUGUUACAUCUAUAUGGUGCGGAUACU